AUGGCUUGUCUUGGCUGUUACCGCUCCAUCGGAAAAAAGGGCCAAUGGAACGCCAGUGAUGUGAGGAUAACGCACAUUGAGCCGAGAGAAGGGUCGGUAGGGGGCGCCACCAGACUUACCAUCCAUGGCCGUGAUUUCGCCUCCAGUGAGUUCAACCACGGAGAUGGUAACGAACAUGUGGGCAACAAAGUCGAUUUGGUGUCCCUGACGAGGUCCUACCCCUGUGAGAUCCACAAAGAUGGCACGACUGAGUUACAGAUAAUGUGCAUCACCCCAGCACGAAUGGUUGAAGAUGACUACUAUAUCAAGGUCAAGGUCGAUGGAGAGUCAGUUCCCAAUGAAAACCACUGUAACUACUGGCGACAUCCCAACUGCCGAUUGUCGGUACGCCAGAGUUACACGCCGACCAUCACCAAUAUUGAUCCCCAAUCAGGGCCGCCAGAUACGACAGUCACUGUCAAAGGUCGUUUGUUUUCUGACCGGAGGGGAAGUCACCUGGCUGAGAGCUCAAACGGAAAAACAGAAAAAUUCCUCAGGGUGUACGUGGGUGGAUAUGAAUGUAAACUGUUAGAAGAUCCUGAGGAUGACAAGAGGUUUUUGGUCAAGCUGAACAACGAAGGCUCGAACUAUGGCUUCUUUACCUGCACGAUUGAAAGCCAAUAUGUGUACAAUCAGAACAUCAGUUACAUUGUGGAAGGAAAAUAUGGACGGUCACGGGCCGAUCCCAGCAUUCUUCGUGUCAGUGGCGACGAGACGAUCCAUACGUUCCAGUCUUAUGCUGAGAUCACGUCUAUCAGUCCGUCCACUGUGAGUAAAGCCGGAGGAACAACACUGACAAUAACAGGGAAGAACUUUGACGAAACUAACUCCCCAGCCAUGGUUACUGUGGGAGGUGAAGCCUGUGACGUCAUAUCCACAACAUCCACUGAAAUCACAUGUGUCAUCCCACCUGAGCCCUCAUUCAAGACAGCUUACUCCGGAAACCGAGGUGUGGAUUUCGAAGUAUGGCCCAAUCCUGGCGUCAGUGACCUUGAAGAAGUCCUUGACCUUGCUCAGUCUCCAGAUGCCAACCACACAGAGGAUUUCAAAGGCACGAUACCCGCGGGAAUGACUGUCAGAUGGCGUAGUGUCUUCGUUGCACCUAGCAACAACUCCUACCAAUUCAUGAUUGCACCAUCCAGCGCCACAUCUAAGUUGUAUUUAAACGAAAACUCAACAGAGAAGACUGAGAUCGCCUCGUCCAGCUCCCGUGUCUCCUCUAUACAGAAUCUUCACGAAGGAGCCAGUUUUUACCUGGACUUUGUGGGUGAGGCGUCCUUCGAGUCUCCUAUACAGGUCGGUGCAUGCGUCCUCAAUACCAAGUUUACCAGCGGAAUGACCGGGGCGGCAAAAUCAGAAAAACAGCGAAUUGCCGUCAGAUCAACGGUAAAGAAGGAGAUACAGACAUUGACGUUGCCUGAUUUCACGGCUGUGUCUGGAAAAGCCGAGGUCCAAAGGGUGGACGUUCUGGGGUCAGCGAGUGAACUGGACGGGGCCACCUACAGGUUGGGGAUUAGUGGCGUUUACACAGUUCCGCUGUUAGGUGACGCUGACGCCAGCACAGUCACAGAGGCUCUCCUAGCCAUACCAGGGGGCCUGACCGACAGUGUGACUGUCACACAGUCUUCCAUCUCCGGGGGUAACCGAUACACCGUCACGUUUGUAGCUGGACUAGGGGAUGUUGAGCUGAUGACGACAAAAACGGCCCCGAAUGUUCGGGGUGAGACCCUAGCGAUUACCGUCCAGGAGACCACAAAAGGCGUGCCCAGCCGAGAAUACUUCAGCCUGGAAAUUGAUGACAUCUUUUCUGCACCUAUCCCAGCUGACGCGUCCGAGUCACAGAUGAAAUCCGCCGUAUCAGAUAUGUUCAAGGAGGUUUGUCCCAGUGCCGUGGAGAAUCCCGCGAGAUCGGCAUACUUUGAGAGUUACGAGACUCUUACGCAUUCCCGUAUCCUGAAGAGCGAUGAGCCGGAGGAAGGCACCAUCAUACGUGCAUUUUGUGGGAAAUCCUUCUGGAAAAAUCCGAAUUAUCUUUACCAAACGUUCGAGGAAUCGGGGAUUUAUCUGGGACAAUACAAAACUGUGUGUUUCGCAUACUUGGGCGGCAUCCAGUCCAAACUGUACCUACAUUACACGUACACCGAUAGUGAGUCAGAAGAAAGAAGUGUUGGGAGAUGGUUUGAUGUAGAGGACAUCAAGACCACAGACAGCUGGCGUUACGUCUGCGUGGACAUGAUGGCGCUCAUCGGCCAGGUUGUGACUGGGGGCUCCAGGUUCUUCCUCAACAAGGCUGUCAUAGCCAGACACACCGACCAGGACGUCUAUGUGGACAGUGUCUACAUCGGAGUGGUGGAAACAACCACAGACUUUACAGGUCUGAAUGAAGGGUGGACCAAAAGACGCCAGGCGUUGCCCUCAGAUCACAUGAUCAAUGACGUAACAGUGACGUUAUCAGGGUCAUCGUAUACCAUAGAAUUGACCCCGAACGAGUGCGGCAACAAUUUCCAUGUGUUUAAAGUGAAAGAUGGACAGGUGACAUCCGGUUCAAGCAGCCAAUCAAGCUUGUCGGCAGAGUACAGUUACGGGGGUGGAACAAUCAGCGUCAGCGUAGACGAAGAAGCCUCCCCACCCGUCACAGGACAGUUUGAUUUGACAUUCCGCGGUAAAACUAAAUCAGUUCCGGUGAAAUCCACAGCUGAAGAUCUCCAAGCCAUCCUCCAAUCAAUCGGAGCAACCGGAAGUAUUGCUUCACGAGGCGACAACUGUGCUAAUUUUGAUUGGAUAAUAACUUGGACCGGAAAAGGCGGAGACCAACCAGAGCUAGAAAUCAUAAGCGAAUCCCUGUCAGGCAUUGACGUCAGCAUUGUCGUGUCAACACUUCAGGACGGAAUGCUGUGUUACGAUCCGAUUCCGGCCGAGUUUCUGCGAACUGUUCAUGAUACACCUCAGGUUGCAGCGUACAUUAACGGUAUCCCGACAGCCUGUGAUGGGUCAUGUGACCUGGAGUGGGCGGAAAGCGCGACGCCUACAAUAACGUCAUUGACGCCAGCAUCAGGGACAGAAAGCCUCGGCACUACCCUGAUCAUCUCGGGGACGAAGUUUUCUACAACACCAGGGAAUAACACAGUGGUGAUUGGCGGAACCAGUUGUACCGUUCAAUCAGCGACCGCCACGUCAAUCACGUGUGACGUCGGGAACGGACAGAAAGGAAGUUACGAGGUGAAAGUGACAGUUUCCGGUCUAGGGCUGGCGGCUCACCCUGAGAACGCCUCGGUCAUGUUCACUUACGUGGCAGAUGUGGACAGUAUUUCACCUACUACAGGAAGCACCGAAGGGGGCGCCGAUUUGCAGAUCACGGGACACGGGUUUACGUCUGACGCUGUCGUCACCGUGGGCGGAGAAGACUGUCACGUGACUUCUAACACACCGGCACUGAUCACGUGUGUCACACCAAAAUCGACAACCCUAGCAGACAGUACCGUGGAUGUUGUUGUCACUCAGGACGGAAAUACGCUGUCCUCCAAAUCCUUCACAUACAGUACCUCAGCCACAGCUAGCAUUACGUCUGUCUCUCCAACCACAUCAGCUGUACAAGGUGGUGUUGAAAUCACGAUUUCCGGUAGUGGAUUCGGAAACACUCGGCUGAGUGAGGAGGCGUUGAUGAUUGGUGAGGAAGCGGCCGAGAUUACAUACUACUCUGAUACCGAAGUCAGAGGUGAACUUCCGGGCCACGCACCGGGAUCAUAUCCGGUCCGCCUGAAGACGGAUGCUGGGGGAUAUGCAGAUACACGAGAACACACCGUCAGUGAGAUAUCUUACGUCCUUGAGGUCACGAAUCUGUAUCCAAAACGAGGCUCAUUGUUUGGCGGCACUAGACUUACCAUCACUGGGCGUGGCUUCAGCACGGUUGCUAACGAGAAUGAUGUCAUGGUCGGUGAACACCCCUGUACCGUAGAGAGCAGCACUGACGUGCAGAUCAUCUGUACUAUUGACGACAUCUCAACGUUCCAUACAAUAACCAACAAAGGACAGUCGCCAGUGUACGGGACGGGCUUCGCCUGGGACCAGCCAGCCAUUACCGUAGAGAUCGGGGACACUGUGCGCUGGGAGUGGAGCUCAGACGCCACCCUCGGACUGACCUACCGGGUACAGAGGACGGCCAGCCUGGCUGACACGGAGUAUGACGGGACGGGAUUUAACAGCGGUUCCGCGGGUACACCUUCAGGCGUUUACGAGUAUACAUUCACCGAGAUUGGUGUGAACUCGUAUUGGAGCGGUUACGUCACGGACGAGUCCAUGAUGACGUUGAGAGGGGAGGUAGAAGUUGUGCCUAGGACGUCCCACGUGGCUUAUCUGAAGGUAUCCAGAGGGGAUUAUGAAGCCCAUUAUAACACAGCUUCCGGUGUGGCUGAUCCGUCAGGAGCCGCCUGUCCAGGAGAGACCAACGCUAUCUCUGGCUGCUCGGUGGCAGAGCCCAUGGCCUUAGACUCCUCCCUGUUCGGUUUGCCUUUUGGAAUGCAGCACCCUGAGGUGAGCCAGAUCUCGCCCGUCCAGGGCACAGGGGAGGAUGAUAUCGUGAUUACAGGGUCGGGCUUCGGCACCACAGACUGUCAGAACAUUGUAACCCUCGGGGCAUCAACUGACGUCAUGGGAAGCAGCACUGGGCAGGUAACGGUGAAAAUGGAUCUUAGUGAGGAGGUCCCCGCCGGCAAGAUUCUUCCCAUAAAGGUCCGUGUGGGCAACAGAGGCAACGCGCUUAUCACACCCGCCAAGGAAACAGAUCGUAGUUUUAUUGCGCUACCUUAUGUGUCAGAUCUGAGCCCGGUGUCAGGCUCCAUGGCCGGAGGCACAGAGCUGACCAUCAGCGGAGGAGGGUUCUCAUCAGACGCCACUGUUAGUGUGGACGGCUACGUUUGCGACGUUACGUCAGUGACGUACAGCACAAUCAUGUGCACGACCGGAGCAUCCACAGGGUCUGCUGACGUUGUUGUGAAGUCUCGCGUAGACAAUGGACAACUUCUGAACGCCGAGUGCAAAGACGAUGCCACUUUGUGUGUGUUCAUGUACACCAGUCAGGCCACGCCGACACUGACGUCAACCAGCCCGACUCAGGUGGACACCCCCACCGUCAAAGUCGCUUUAGGGACAGGUAAUUGUGUUAUUAAAACGGUGAACAACACGCAGAUCGUUUGCAAUAUGCAGGACGUUCCUGGAACGCACUCUGUCCUCGUGACAGUGGACGGUAAGGGACUGGCUCAGGCGAUCGAUGUGAUACUGGAGAAUCAGGCUAAACUUAGUGGCAUCUCUCCGUCCUCUGGUAGCGUUCACGGCGGAACGCGACUCACCAUCACCGGAAACGGCUUUACGGCCAAUGUAACCACAGUUCUUCUGGGAACAGACGUCUGUGUCACGGAGAGCGUCACGCCGGACCAGAUUGUGUGCGUAACCCCCGCUCACGCCGAUAGCUCCGUGGAUCUUCAGGUGAGAUCAGGGGACCUGGUGUUUUUUCCGACGCAGAGCUUCUCAUACUCCACGGCACAGACUCCUACAAUCACUUCUAUCACCCGCGAGGCGCCAGCUGGGCAGACCAUAACGAUUGCGGGGACGGGAUUUAGUGGUAGCACUACCGUCACCAUAGACGAGGUGGAGUGUACAGUCACUUCUACCUCUCCCUUACAGUGCACACUUGGAGCUCAUUCUGCUGGAAGUUACCCUGUCCUUGUGCAUGUGGUCGGACUCGGCAACUCCAAUGAUGAUCAGAACUUCAAGUACGCCAUCGAAGUGACAUCGAUCUCACCUGCUACAGGAAGUUUUGCCGGAGGUCAGGAGGUAACUGUAUCCGGGGCUGGAUUUGACCCCGUGACCUCCACUAUAAGCAUCUGUAACGAGACAUGCGCACUGGUGGACGGAGCUAGCCAGACUUCCUCAGCUCUCAAAUGUCAGGUCCCAGCUUAUCUCUAUGGUGAUACGUCAUCGAAGAUGUGUGACGUCACUGUAGCCGUAAACAACGUGGAUGACGUUCUGGCGAAUGGUUUUACAUUUGACCCCAGUUUGACCCCUAACAUCGACGGUGUGACACCAGGACGCGGGGGAACCGCCGGGGGGACGUCGGUAACUAUUGCCGGACAAGGAUUUAGCAAUACGAUGAGUGAGAAUUCAGUCACUAUUGGGGGCGUGGUUUGUGAGGUUACCUCGGCAAAGACGACUGAGUUGAUAUGUACAACGGGAGCCAGUGACGGCACUUUGGAAACCAGUGUACAAGUCACGGUUGAAAACAAAGGCGACGCUAUCCAAACGAGCGCGGCCUUCCACUACGUGGACGUGUGGUCAUCUGUGUUCACCUGGGGAGGCCAGUCUCCGCCCGUGGCCGGAGACGUAGUGGUCAUACAGAAGGGGCAAACAAUUCUGCUGGACACAGACACACCUGUAUUGAAACUCAUCCUGAUACAAGGUGGAAAACUGAUCUUUGAUGAGAAGGAUGUGGAACUUCAGGUAGAGAUCAUACUGAUUACGGACGGGGGAGUAUUACAGGUGGGCACUGAGGAUGAACCUUUCCAGCACAAGGCCAUCAUUACCUUACAUGGUCACCUCCGGUCACGUGAACUGCCUAUAUACUACGGGACGAAGUGCAUCGCUGUACGAGAGGGAGUCAUAGACCUUCACGGAAACCCUGUAUCAACGACGUGGACUCGUUUGGCGAGCACAGCAAAUGCCGGACAGAACACUAUCACCCUCGAAGACGCAGUUGAUUGGUCAGUCGGAGACUACAUCGUCAUAGCAACCACAGGAGAUCGACACUCGCAGAGGGAAAACGAAAAACACGAAAUCGCUAGCAUUUCUGGUGACAAACGGACACUGACUUUAACGUCGGUUUUAGGCUACACCCAUAUGGGCGUGUCCGAAACGUUUGAUGGACAGCAAGUGCAAUUUCGGGCGGAGGUUGGGUUGCUUACUAGGAACGUGGUUGUUAGGGGCUCUGAUAACAAGGAGUGGCACGAUGAAAUAGAAAAGUGUGAAGCUGGCUUUGACACCGGCGAGUUUUCAACUCAGACAUGUUUCCAGGGCCGUUUUGGGGACGAGAUGGGUAGUGACGAAUUCGGUGGUCAUAUUUUAAUGCAUGGCGCCGAGCCGGACAAACACCUGGUGGUGGGGCGUUUGGAGUAUGUAGAGAUGACAAACGUCGGACAGGCGUUCAGGCUAGGCCGUUAUCCGGUUCAUUUUCACUUAAACGGUGACAUGGCGGGGUCGUACGUCAGAGGUUUCGGGAUGCACAAGACGUUCAAUCGCGCCGUCAACAUCCACGGGACUCAUAACGUCCUCGUGGAGCACACCGUCAUCUUCAACGUCAGGGGCGGGGCGUUCUUCUUGGAAGACGGUGUUGAAACCGGUAACAUAUUCCUGUUCAACUUAGCCGUGUUCGUCAUCUCCAGCACAAGUCUGCUUAACGACGAUAUCACACCGGCAGCAUUCUGGGCAACAAACCCAAACAACACCUAUAUCGGCAACACUGCUGUGGGCGGAACGCACUUUGGAUUUUGGUACCGUAUGCACGACCAUCCGGAUGGCCCGUCCUUUGAUCCAAACAUCUGCCCAAAAAAGGUUCCCCUCGGUGUAUUCAGAAACAACACAAUCCAUUCUCAAGGCUGGUUCGGCAUAUGGAUAUUCCACGACUUUUUCCCCAUGGUCGGCGGUGGAUGUUCCUCGAAAACCCCGACUAAGGCGGUCUUCGAAGACACGAUAGUCUGGAACUGUGAAAAAGGAAUCGAGUUCGUUAACGGCGGAUCACUUCAAUUUGACGGAGGCAUACUCGUGAAUAACGAAAAGGCUGGGUUUGAAGGAAAAAAGGUGAUGCAUGCUGAAGAGUUCUCAGAGAACGGACCAAUGCUGAAGAACACCAUCAUCGCAGCUCACGCCGCGAAUCUACCGACCUACAAAGGUCCGACUCGAGGAGGCGUCAUACUCCCGUACGGUCAAGGCUACACCGUGGCAAACGUCACCUUCAUCAACUUUGACCAGAGUAACACGGCCGCUGUCCGAUUUACGCGGAUAGACGGUACAUGCUCUUUCCUCUGUGGUGGAUUUACCUACCACUUCAGCGGCACAAAGAAGAUAAACUCUCCCAACAUGGGUGUCUUUGAAUGGAUUAGCGAGGGUGUGAUUAUAGACGUGGAUGGAACAUUGUCCGGUAAAACCGGAGGUCGCGUCGUGUCCACACAAAACACGCUCCCUCCGUCAAGGUGUCAGGACCUCGCCUCCUUCGGAAAAUCUCUGCCGGCUAGUGUGUGUGAGUCAGACGUCCACUUCAUCCGAUUUUCUUUCAACCACAUCACUCCAGUGGCGCUCAAGUACAAGAGUGUGAGGUUGACAAACGCAUACGGUACUGAUGCGCUGGGCUACGCUGAGAAGAGGAUCACCCAUGCAAACGGCUGGCAGGUAACCCUUGUGGCGGGAGAGACGUACAUCAUGGAGUUUGAGGACGCAGAAAUCGCUGAGAAUAUCAGCUAUUCAUCGCGGUUUGACUUCCAUGAGCCGUCCGACUUUGUAGUGCUAUCCCAGCGACUCCAGUACCUCCCCGACAGGUUCUCCUUCAUCCCGGAUAACUUCAUCAACGAGUCAGACACCACGUCUCUCUCCGCCCCGGCAAACGCCCACGGAGACUGGAUCUUUGACAGCAACCAAAACUUGAUUAGAUAUCUGGUUUCGGCACACGGUAGUUCCAGCUCUGGGACGACUUACAAACAUGUAGAGUUGGACGCAUAUAGGUGUUACUAUGACAACUGUGAGCCUCCUCCCGACCCUAACUCCAUGCCUCCGGCCACCCGUAGACCGGACGAUGCCGUCAUGUGGUCUGACGCGCAGACCUGGAAGGACACACCUGCGGGCUGGGGUGGUAACUAUGGAAAUGACAGCUACGGGUUACCACAAGACGGCGACGACGUGGUCAUUGCAAAGGGCAUGUGGGUUGUUGCGGACGUGCCAUUACCUCGCAUGAAAAAAUUGUACAUCUACGGUGUCCUGGAAAUCGACGGAGAUUUUAACACCACCACCGGGAGUUACAAGGACUUCGUCCUGUCGGCCGAAUACAUUUACAUCGUGGGAGGCCGGCUGAUCGCAGGAUGGCCCGACAAUCCUUUCAAGGGGAACAUCGACAUCAUUCUUCGUGGGACUCACGAGUCUCCUCGGCUCGAGGUCCUUGGAGGCCCUGAAGUAGGCGCUAAAGCUAUCGGUGUGUUCGGGGGCCUUGACCUUCACGGUAAAGAAGUUACCAAUCCAUGGACGACCUUAGGAGCUACAGCCGAAGUUGGAGCCACGAGUCUAACAUUGAGCGAAGCCAUAAGCUGGGCUGUAGGAAGUGAAAUUGUCGUGACCCCAACCGGAUAUGACCCUUGGGAGACGGAGACCUUUAUAAUUACUUCAGUGUCCGGUGCAGUUAUCGGACUUAAUGAUAGUGUCCAACACAAACAUGUUGCAUUUUCAGAAACUGUUGACUCCCUGUCGUACGCGGUGACCGCUGAAGUGGGUCUCUUGACUCGCAAUGUCAAGGUUAUCGGAGAGGACUACGAUAAGUUGUUCGACGAAUCAUUCGGUGCUCGAAUCUUGGUCGGUUUGGCUGCCGAUGCGGAACAGUCCUACUUAGGGUUCGCACGGAUCGCUAACGUAGAGUUUGUCCACACGGGACAGGAAGGCUUCCGCGAUCCCUAUGAUCCACGCUUCACCGUCUCAUUCCUCGACUGUGGGACGGUCAGUCCUGUCAGGCCGUCCUACGUGAAGAAUUCCGCGUUCCAUAACGCCUUCUCCACAGCUAUCGGCGUCUACAGCACCAACAAUCUGGAGAUCACUGACAACGUCAUUCACCACACAGUGGGCACCAGUAUCGAAGUGAUGGGCGAUAGUGUGACGCUCCGAGACAAUCUGGUCGUCCUCUCCAUUUUCCCCGGUACCUACCAGAACCGUCUAGAGACGAUGAACAUCGACUACGUGGGCGCCAUAGACGCCAGGAAGGCCACCAAUCUGAAGAUGACUGGGAACGCCGUGUCCGGGUCGGAACGCAUCGCUUACCGUGUCCCCGGUGAGAGCUGCGACUCUCCUGGGGAGUGGAGUGGCAACGUCGCUCGCACAUCGUUGAUGGGCAUAGGACUGUUACCAGGUGACGGCAUCUCUGGCUGUCUCAAGUUCGCCGGGUUUGCUAUCUCAAUGUGUAUGGAUUUCGGAGUGUACAUCAAUACUGAGUCUUCCAUGGUUCUGUCCGAACUGACUCUCGUUGGCAACCUCCUCGGCAUCUUUCCGAUGGUUUUUGGUCCCUCAGCUCUGGCCCACCAAUCCGCAGAUAAAUUUGUCACUAUUCAUGACAGCUUGGUCGUUGGAACGGGACCGUCAUUCGACUGCAGCGCGAAUGUCAUUCCCACUGAACCCUACUACAGCAAGUUUGACAAUGGACAUUCCAAUUUUAUGGGAAACGGUGGAAAAGUUGGUCUCGUCUGGGCAUCAUACACUGGAGGCUCAAAUGCCGCUCCCAAAAUGUCCUUCACUGGUAUUACUGACUACCCAGCCCUGUACGGCAAGACGGUUGUGUCGAAUGUAACGUUUGGCUACUUCGGUAAUACCUGUGGUAGAAAAGAUGUUGCAAUAACGACUAAUCCCAAUAACGAUGACGGCAUGCACCCAAUUGAAACCGACGAACUGACGUUCGUGAACACACCUGAGAACAACAAAGUCUUCAUUCAUCGGCCGAAUGUGGGAAAAAUCAAUCCGUCCGACUGCGUUGAUAUGGACUGCGACGGGCUGAAGAAGGCCAUCUUGGUGGACAUGGACGGCAGCCUGCUGGGCUCCCCUGGAACCGUCUUGUCUCAGUCCGAGUUUGAGUGGGACGGCGACAAAAGGCGAGGCCUCGGGGAUUACAGAAUCCCCAAAACCCUCCUCACCUCCAGCGAUGGAUCCAGAAUCUCCGUCGACGACAUCGCUCCAAACAAAGGUAUCUUCCGGACGUCUUCAUGCCAGGCCAUGCCAGAGUGGCAGGCCCACCGCUGUCCUAGCACCGACUACCGCAUGUUAAUCAUAGAGAGCAUGGACUCAGACACGGAGACGCGGCGCCUCUCCCCUGUGGCCGUGCUUGUUGAUGACUACAUCGACCUGAUUAACGGGCCCCAGGACCACGGCUGGUGCGCUGGUUACACCUGCCAGAAGAGGCUCUCUACCUUCAUGGCUGUUCUCCCUACAGGUAAAGAAGCCAGUAUCUACUUUACUAGCACGUCACCUCAGUCUCUGCGGCUCCACUUGCUGAACGCGGUUUCAGACGACGCGGUUUUGUUGGCGAUAUGGUACGCCGAGCCUUACCGACUUGACAUCUACUACGAGGACAACCACAUUCUGCCCACCAAUGGUUACCUGGACUCCAAUGGUAACUACCAGCUGCGGAAAGUGACAAACGUUGCCGAUGCCAAGCCUGAACUGACCUCGCCCGCUGGUUCUAACUUCAUGGACCGUGCAAAUUUCCUGAUGUACGUCCUCGUCAGGGGAUCGAAACCGGUGCUCAUCAAGACAAACCCCGUCAUAGUCGUAGUUUUUGAGGCGUCCACAGAAUUCCUAACAGUUGACGAGUUCUUCGGUGAAAAUUUGGUGAACAAUUUGGUGGCGUUCCUGGGAGUGGAUCCGUCCAAGGUCCGCCUUGUUAACGUUGUGAACGAGAACGCAGUGGCGCGUCGCAAACGACAGGCUUCCGGCAAUACCAAGUUCUUCGUGGAGGUGGGUGACGACCCACUGGCCUCUGUGAACGCCUCCGUGGGAGGGAGACUGAGCCCUGACCAGCUCAAAAACUACACCGUUAGCCUCGUCAACGCUGCUCUGCUGGGAACGCUUAACCUCAACGCUUCCAUGUAUGUGAUAGAACCACUUCCGUCUCCUAGCGACCCCUUGUGGUCUUACCGUGUCGUCAGUGAGGAGACGUCUCCCCCUAAUCUGGUCCUCAUAGAACCCAUCGACCGCAUGUCGUUUGAAACAGAACCGACAGUGAUGUACGAGGGCAAGCUGUUCAGCACCCAGCCGAAGCUGAAAGUUUUAACUUUGCUGGGAUCACGUGUCCGCCAUCUUGGAACAACAGAGUCUCCAUGGGAAAUGACGGUCACCCUAAAAAUGACAGCGGGAAGUUACGUGGGCGCUACGCUCACCGGGAAUUCAACGAUCCAAUUUAACGACGGCUGGGCUGAGUUCACCGACCUUACCAUCAGCCACGCGGGCACAUAUGUCUUAGAGUUUGCCGUGACGUCACCACCGGAAGCUACAAACUUCACCAUGGAAAGGACGAUUGUGGUAUCAAAGCGUCCCCUGGUGGCGAAUGUUGUCUCUAUGCCAGGUGUGACCGUCGGCAACUCAUCGGUGACUGUCGUCUUGGACUUGAGAGACGAGAUGACCGGGGAAAAAAUUCAGGACUUGAGUUGGAGGGGUCACACGUGGUCCGUGUUCGCAUCUUUACCCCAUCCCAACCUUUACUGGGGCCAAAUGACAGGAUCCGCAUCCGCUUCCUUCAACCCUGGAACAAGUGAAGUUACCUUCAUAGAUCUGUCCUUUUCACACCUCGGCGAGUACAUGGUGCUCUUCCGCGUGACAUCUACUCCCCCGGAAUACGACUUCUACGUUCUUAAGAAGGUCAAUAUCAUUGCCCCCCAUCAGGUUAACAUCGUCCGCCGUCAAAACACCACAGUCGAAAUGAGAUUUGACGUCAACUUUAAUGACGUCAUCGCCUCGGCGGAUGACCUGGAAUAUUUUACGGCCUAUGUGGGGAACUACUUCCGGCACAAGCACCAAAGUGUUUUCAUCGAGGAUACAAGCGUUCGUCAAGGUAGCAUAAUAGUCAGCUUCACAGUCAGUGGCGACGGAAGUGACGUCACAGCCAUGGUGUACUCCGCAUGCGCAGAAAUCGGGAACGAAACAAUAAGUUUCAAUUUCAAGGGCCAACAACUGUCACUGUCGGGAUACCUCAAGGUGGACGGACAGAAUUAUUAUGGCGACCAAUGUGGACCGCAGUUCCAGCCGACAGCAGCGGACAACUCUCUACAUCCGGGUAUCAUCGCCGCCAUUGUUGUCAUCUGUGUCAUCUCAGUCUCUCUGAUCGGAAUCUUCCUCUUCUGGAAACUGGCAGUUGUGCCGAAGACAAAAACAGUUGAUGAUGAUGGUAUCAAGCACAUCGGUUCUGGACCCGUUGACACCAUCCUCUUCCGCGAAAACACAUUCGAGAGUCUUCGAGAACGAGGCUUUCCUCACAGCUCUACGCCUCCCCACGACACCCGGCCUCCGUCUAGCCGACCCUCGACACGGGACGGCGGCCUACAGUAGGCCGUCAUCGGAUAGUUGCCCGGAAGACAGAAAAACCACAACAGACGUCUGACGUACCGGGAAAAAUCUGUAAUGGAGGAUAGUUCAGCAAUUCUGUUUGGGCAAUGACCCGGAGCCAAAAAUUGCUCACACAUUUCAAGUUGUUUGGGGUUUUAAAAAGAAAUGACACAGAACGCGAGUUUUUGGAAUUUAGUAUGCAUUCAGAGUGUAUACACAUUUAUGUCUCCUACAGAACGAAAUUGUCAUAAUAAUUUAGAUUAGAAGUAUAUCGAGGAAGGCUCAUUGUAAGUAUAGUGACCUACAGAAACCAAACUGUAGAGAUAGGCCGCGAUGUUUCCCACACAGCCAUACGGAGAGUGCUUACACAGUUAACUAAUGGUGUGUUAAUAUCAGCAAUACGACGGGUGUGUUUUCUCAGGAAUGCGAUUAUCCUCUGAACCAGGACUUAAUUAGUGACUGACACCGUGCUCAUGGUCAAAGGUGAUACAAAGUCUUUACAAUUAUUCUGUACAAUAUAUCUAUAUUUCUUUUUGAAAAAAAUAUAAUUUUGCUGUUGAUUUUUGGAUUUGAAUCUACUGUAUAUAAACAGUCAUUUAUAUUGAUAUCAAUUUUAUUCUGAAGAUAGUAUUGGGAGAAAACAAAGUAAUGAUUUUGGGAUCAGAAAUUGCCCUGAGUUAUGAUCCCCAAAUUCGUGUGAUUACACAAUGCCCUUAAUUUUCUGGCCGUUUUGGUUAUAUAUAAUGUAAGACUGACAAAAUAAUUUUAACCCUAUUGACUUCAUUUUGUAUGUUUGAAGUCUGCUAUCUUUAAUAGCCUUCUGAAUAUUUUUCAGGAUGAUGAAAAAAUUUUCCAAAAGAUAUUCCUCGGCUGAUAUUAAUAAAUGGGGCAGGUCACACUCAUAGUAGGUUUACGUUGUGAUUUUACCAGUGCUAUUCUUUUAAGCAAUAGAGUUAUACAAUAUGUGGUCGAGCUUGUCCUUUUUAAGGUUUUUAUUUUAAGAACAGAAUUGUGGGUUAAAUGCCUCGUUAAACAGUUCAGGGUAAAUGAGUGUUACUUUUGUGAUCACGCAUGGGUACUUGUCAGCAAGGUAGACAACUCUUCUUGACAUGUGCAGGAAAUCUGAAUCGCGGGGAAUUUGAUGCUAUAUAUCACACUCGGAUUGGAAACGUAACUUUUCAUAACAUAAUAUAACGAAAUAGUCUUAGUGCAUGUAACAGAAGGAUGUAUGUAUCAAACUGUUUAAUGGUGAGAUUGAGGGCCACAGACAUUAUGCAUCAAAAGUAUUUGGCCACCGCUUCCCCCAGUACCCGUUUUCAUAAAGAUUCUCAGAAAGCACAUAAAAAUGAUUGUAACCGUUACGUUUUAUAAGGUUUCUGGAUGAAAAAUAUUAAAUAACAAAAAUGUACAUAUAUGAUAUGAACAACAUGGCAUUUAACUAAGAAUAUUCAUCGCUGAUAUUGCAGAAAAUAACUCGGGUAUGAAUUCUGUCUUUAAGAAAUCCCUAAAAAGGAAAUCCAUCUAACCGUCAUGGAGACUCUCGGUAGCCAUCCGUACCCUCGUGUGUAACGAUCACAAGACUCUCGGUAGCCAUCCGUACCCUCGUGUGUAACGAUCACAUCAGUGAGAUUCACACAUUAUCUCUAUUAUCUGUCUGACACUUGGAGUUUUUUAUACCAUUUAUCAUGCUUGCUUGUGUUGAUAUAUUUGACAAAUAUAUUUUUAUUGUCAAUAUGAUUUAUUUGCUGUGACAGGGAAAGGAAAUGUCUUGUUGUUUUGAGGUUAUCUUCUUCCUGUUGUUCAUAAUCACGGAGUGCAUGUUUGAAGUAGCCUCUGAUAGAACAUCGGCCAUGUUUUCAAUGCAUGUAGUUUACAUCCACUGCAGGUUCUCGUAUUCUUAGGAACGCUGAGGGAGUACAUGUAAUUUACAUCCACUACC